AAGCUGACCCCGCCCACACAAGCCCACACAAGCCCACACACCCCCACACAUUCAGGCUCACUACCCAGCACAGCGUUGAAGUCUCCACAACGAUGGAUCGUCGGCUUGGGAUUUUCUUUAUCGUGUUGUGGACGGCGCUGAGCCUGGCCCUCGGGGUCGAGGUGCAGGGAGAGAUCAUCAGAGGUCUUCCUUGCAUAAAAAGACUGAACCAGCUCUUCUGUCGCACCCCAGGCAAUGUAUACCCGAGAGAGAGGAUCGAGAAGUUUAUCGAGGAUAACAAAGCUCUGAUGAGACGAAUGUAUGGGAGUUUCCUGGAAAAUGUGGAGACCAUCCAGCAGAGAGCGCAGGCUGGGGCAGAGUUUCGCCCGUUCAGUCGCACGGGACGGUCGGUAGACGCUUUCGAGGACGAGGUUCCAGAGCUACACCUUGAUUAUCACCCCGAUGACCCUCGAGGACAGUCAUUUUUCAGCCUCAUCCGUAACAAGCGUCAGUCCUUCCCUGGCAACGCUAAUGUCAACUCAGACAGGGUUGACUCUUGUGAGAGUGACGUGGACAUUGUCACACCGUACUGGGCCAGCAACUCUGCAGGCAAGGUUCGGGCCAUCGUUAAUACCAACGAGUUCUCCCAGGCUAUACACCAGGAGAUAUGCGCGAAGACUUCCACCAAGCGCUGUGGAGGUGACUGCGGCUGCGAACAGAAGUACAAGUGGCAUCGCCUGCUGGCCUACGACCCAGAGAACGAUUGCAACGGCAUCUUCAUGGAUUGGUUCCUCUUCCCCUCGUGCUGCUCCUGCCGCUGUAACCCCCUCUAGGCCCCUACUCUCGACACUCCCAUAAGGCGUCCUAAGGAGAAUCUUACAGCUACGUUUCUUCGUAGAAUCAUUCUUCUGGGCUUCCUUCAGCUGCACCUCUUUCUAGGACCAAUCUGUGUAUUUUGCUAGGAAUCAUUCUAGGAUCAUUCUGCUACGUUUUCUACAGUGUAUCUCUCUCUAGGAACAUUCUCCUGUGUCUCCUUCUGUUUUGAUUUCCCUUAGUACCAUCCUUCUGAGUCUCUUACUACUGCAAUUUCCUUUAAGGCUUCCCUGCUGUCACACUACUUGCUGAAAGUCUGUCUAGGGAUGCUACACCGCUCCCUUUUACAACUAUAAUACUCAUUAGUCUCUCUCUCCUGCCUUUUCAACUUCUAUAACCUCUUCUACAACCCCACCUCUUCUAAUGCAGGGACCGCCCUACCUCUCUUAUUUAGUUUAUCCUCUCAUUUCCCUUUCCUCAUUUUCAACUUUUGUCUUCACCAUCGUCAUACUUCACAGUACAUUUCCUCUUAUCUUUACUUUUCAUGCUUCUCUUUUAUUUUUUCUUUCCUGCAGAUUAUUGAGUAUUAUGUACACACUCAGAGAAUAUUGCCAUAUUCAUUUCUUCGCUCUAUUUUCGUAAUUUCAUUGCGACAAUUUUUCUCCACCGAAUUUCCUAUUUAAUAAAAAAAAUUCGUUACUUAAUCAUAUAAGGGAUCAUGGUGGCAAGAUCAGUAACGUAAUGUUUAUAUUUCCCAACUCUUGAGAGUACUUUUUUUUUUUUUUUUUUUUUUUUAGCAUGUGUAUAUUUCCCUAUAAUAUAUCAGUCAAAUGUAUUUCUUCUAUUACUGAUUAUAUUAUGAAGAAUUUAUAAUUAUGGAAGUUAAGAAAAAUCCAGUGUCUUAUAUGUAAUAUUGGCAAAUGGUUUAACAAAGGCAUUUAAACAGCUGAACACUAGACAACGUUUCGCAUGGAGACCGAACUUGGAGACCUAACGUGUUUAAGACUUGAAACGUCUUAGUCUCCAACCACAACGUUGUCUACAUAAAGUGUCUAAGGUGUUAUGUGUAUUGGCUGACUCUAAUCAGAAUAUAGUUUCACUGAUGAUCCUCCAACAUUUCUUGUCAACAAAAGAUGUAAUUUCAUAGUUUGAGUUGGAGGUUAAUUUUGUAGUGUAGAACUUUUUUAUAUAUAAAAUAAAAGAAUAAAUUAUAAAUAUAAUUAACAAUAUAGUGCCUCCUGCUGACUGAUGCAGAUGAGAGUGUUGAAUUAAAAGACAGAUGUGGCACUGGGGUGUCGCCUGAGGCGUCAGUGCUCGCGACGACGACUCCAGGCGAGCCAGAGGUGAACCAACCCUCACAGCGAGGAGCCUAAAGCCUAUUUCUCUUAUUAGUAUAAUCAAGGAAAGAGCGCUAAAUUCACAGGGGAGGGGGGUAAUGGAAGGCAAUCAUUUACGAUCCAAGAAAAGGAAGGUCAGGUCCAGUUACUUGGAAAUAAAUUACCCCUUACAAGCGUCCAGGACCCUUGAUGGCUUUAGUCUGAAGAAGACGAACCUGAAAGAUUUGUUUGACUCACUUUAUGUUAACUUUCAUCAUGGUGCAGCAUCUAGUACGGUCAUCAUUAUUAUUAUUAUUUAAAUGUUCAUGCUAAUUUGUUAACAUCUGUUCGUAAUAAAUCCUAAGGAGUAUUAUUUUUAACACGUCUUAUCCCUGGUACACUCGUACUUCGGAUUUCUCGAAGCCUCAGCCACAGAGCAAUCGAGACUUUUUUUUUUUUAGAUUAUUUAUUUUUUGAUUUCUAAGCCGCUGAAGGUCUAGGUUCUUGUACACAGACUUUGGUCUAUGGUGCUGAUCCUUCCAGAUCAGCUGGUCUAAGACGCUGAUCCUUCCAGAUCAGCUGGUCUAAGACGCUGAUCCUUCAAGAUCAGCUGGUCUAAGACACUGAUCCUUCAAGACCAGCUGGUCUAAGAGGCUGAUAUUUCAAGAUCAGCUGGUCCAAGACGCUGAUCCUUCAAGACCAGCUGGUCUAAAACGCUGAUCCUUCAAGACCAGCUGGUCUAAGACGCUGAUCCUUCAAGACAUAUGACGCUAUAGUAUUAGAACAAUGAUUUUAAUUAUAAGGAAACUAAAAAUGUGCCUUUGCAUAGAGGUAAUAUAAAAAAAUAUAAAAAUAUCCAAUAUCCAUUCCUGUUAACAUAUU